AUGGCCGACGCAGAAAUGGACAUUGACCAGCCGGAGCAACAGCAGCAGCAGUCUCUGUCAGCCGACACCACUCAAGCCAGCGACGCGCGCACUGCAGCCGGCGCGACAGCCGUCCGCUCCAUCGAAGGCUGGAUCAUCAUCGUCACCAACGUGCACGAGGAAGCAACGGAAGAAGACGUGCAAGACCUCUUUGGCGAAUUCGGCACCAUCAAGAACCUCCACAUGAAUUUGGACCGCAGAACCGGCUAUGUCAAGGGCUACGCACUGAUCGAAUUCCCCACCAUGGACGAAGCCAAAGCCGCCAUCAAAGGCGCAAACGGCCAAGAGCUCCUCGAACAGAAAAUCACUGUCGACUUCGCCUUUGUGCGCCCGCCGCCUGCCGCCAAGAGCCGUGCGCGCGAUCACGACCGCAGACAGAGUGGGCGUGGUGCGGGCCGGGCGAGGAGCAGGAGUCCGGGGCGCGAUCAGGAAGAGGACAUGGAUGAUUAA